AUGUCUUCUAGUAUAUAUUCGUGUGCGAACUCUGUUGGUGACUGCGCUGAGGUCAUUGGGCUUUCAUCGGAUGAUCAAACUGGAGAAAUCCACUUCUUGGCACAGGUAAGGAAGUUCAGUGCUAUCAAGGUCACAUUAGUUAACUUGGAUCACCUAUCACAGUAUCCUAAUGGAACCAUGGCACUCUUUGAACUUAACCAAGAUGACAGGACUCCACAUUUGCUUUCAACGUCAGCAGACUUGCCAGCGUAA